AUGCCUAGUCACUCCGGCGUCCUCUUUCAACGAACUAUAACCACAGAUUUCUACCAAAAUGUCCUUGAUUUCUGGUUCGGUCCAAAAUCCUCACCCGACUAUCUUAAAGAGAAAUCGUUCUGGUACGGUAGCCCCUCGGACGAUGCAUACGUUAGAAAGCAUCUCACUGGAUUAUAUCAGGAUGCCAAAGAUGGAGAGCUGAAUCCAUGGAAGAGUGUGGGUGAGGGCGAGGGCGCGAUGGCCCUGAUCCUCUUACUCGAUCAAGUGCCUCGUAACAUCUUUCGCAACACCCCACUGGUCUAUGCGACCGACUCGCAGGCAAUCUCAAUCGCUCAGUAUACAAUCGAUAAAGGAUUGGACAAGAAGUUGACAGUUAUUCAAAGACGAUAUAUGUACUCCCCCUUCAACCACUCUGAAAACCUCAAGGAUCAACAGACAUCGGUGGAAUUAUGUACCGAGCUUGGGGACACAUAUCACCUACAUUGGGCGAAAGAUCUCCAUGAUCAGAUCAAGCGAAAUGGACGAUUUACGCAUCAUGACCAGAUUUUGCAGAGAUCAUGA